AUGAAGCGGCCGAGCGCCAAAAAGCCGAUUGUGUCUGGGCGCGUGCGAAAGCCGGCGAAGAAGCCAAGUGCACGUAAGAGACCUGGCGCCAAGGAGCCCGGCUUCGAUGACAAUGGCCGGCGGUAUUCGGAUAUUUCGACUUUCUGGAACUCCGUGGAAGAGCACUGGUACGGAAAGGUCGCCACAUACUGGUCCAACGAGGAGCCGAGCAACGAUGGUGUCCUAGGUGGUCUGUCGGAGACGCAUGAGCCUGAUUUGGCAACCUCCCGGCGCUUCCUUGAGGCACUCCGUCGGCUGCAGACGCCCCCUGCUUUCGACCACGUCGUGGACUGUGGAGCAGGAGUUGGGCGAGUGACAGAGGCACUGCUACUGGGCAGCUUCGAAAACCUGGAUUUGGUUGAGCCCUGCAAGCCUUUGCUUGCAGAAGCGAUGAAACGCCUGAAGGGCCGGCAGAACGUUCGCUUUCUGAGCCAGCCGCUGCAAGACUGGGAUCCCCCCCGUGGGCGCUACAGUGUGAUUUGGCUGCAGUGGGUGCUUCUUCACCUCACGGACAAAGACUUCGUGGGCCUUUUAUCAAGGUGCCGAGAUUGCCUCCGACCUAAGGGAGUCAUCUGCGUCAAAGACAACCUGGCUCCGAGAAGCGGCUGGUUGGCAGAUCUGCAGGAUCACAGCAUUGCGCGUACCGAGCGCAUGUACAAGCGCCUCUUUGCAGAAGCAGGCUUGCGCAUCGAGCUAGAGAUGAGGCAGACGGACUGGCCGAAAGGAGUGCUUGAUGUCAAGAUCUUCGCGCUUCGUCCUGCUGAUCAAAAAGUCGGUGGUGGAAGCAUAUCGGAUCAGCGUUUCGGGCUUCGGUGUCCCGGAUGUGUCCCCAGCAAUCGACCGUGCCUAUAA